CCAGCUCAUCACCCUCCACCGGCGCCGCCGCCACGGCCAAUUCGUCCCGAAAGAACCACAGUAUCACCCCCAUCCACUCCUCGCUCUCGUAAGUCACACAAUUGCCGUUUUGAUCUGUACUGUCAAAAUAUAUGGAUUCUGACAGCCGUAGCUCACUCCGGAAACGAACACCAAACUCCCUCUGCUCCUCGGUUGGAUGCAGGGCAGUGA